CCGCGACUUCCGUUUGGAACGUAGUGUAUCCUUUUGUGUACUCGGUGGUGGUCUUAGCGUUCCUUCCGCCUCUCCCCGCCAGCGCUCGCCAUGGCGCAGCGCCGAGUCACCGACUUCUUCUCUUUGCGCAAGGGCUCGCGGACGGGAGCCGCGGCCCUCCGCGGCCCCUUGAAACUCCGCAGGAGCCCCACCAAGCCCCAGGUGGGCACGGGGGCGCGCGCCCGACUCCGGGUGGCGUCCCCGCGCACCCCGGUGCGGACUGCCGGCGCCCCGGCCCCCGCCCCUGCGGGCACCCCGAGCGGCAGCGGCAGGAAGCGGAGCCGCCAGACCUCGGACCCGGAGCAGGAAGGGGAAGCCCCCCCAGUGCGCCGUGCCGCCCGGAGGAGGCUGGUGCUGUCCGCCGACCCCGAACCCUCGGAGGUCACGGCUUCUAGCUCCUCCACUUCCCCCUCUUUGGAAAAGGAGGAACAGACGGAACAGGCGGUACCCCUCUCACCAGCCUCGACGCCCAGCCUAGAGGCCCCAAAGGCCGUUGGCCACUCAAAGCCAAAUCUCACCGAGCUGAAGUCCCGGCUGCAGAAGGUUCGGGAGCUGACCCACAGAGCUGCACCCCUUACUUCUACCCCAAAUGCCAACAUAAACCUCAAGAACCGACUCCAGCGAGCACGGGAGCUGGGGGCCCGGAUCCAGGAGGCGACUUCUGCUAGUGAGAAGAAAAAUGAAGAGUCGGGUCUCCAGAAGGUAGAAGAACCCGCAGCUGAAUCAUGCUCCCAGGCUCCGGCCCCCGCCUAUGAGCGGUUCCACACCCUCGCCCAGGCCGGGCCCCCGGGCCUCACGCUGCCCUACAAGUACAAGGUGCUGGCCGAGAUGUUCCGCAGCAUGGACACCGUGGUGGGCAUGCUCUUCAAUCGCUCUGAGACGGUGACCUUUGCCAAGGUCAAGCAGGGCGUCCAGGACAUGAUGCGCAAGAGGUUUGAGGAGCGAAAUGUGGGGCAGAUCAAGACCGUCUACCCAGCCUCCUAUCGCUUCCGGCAGGAGCGGAACAUCCCCACGUUUAACAGCAACGUGAAGCGCUCGGAUUACCAGCUGACCAUCGAGCCCCUGCUGGAGCAAGAUAAGGAUGGGGAGCGAGCGGCCCAGCUCUCGGCCUCCCGCCUCCUGCAGCGCCGGCACACCUUCAGCAGGAACCUGGUGAACCUGGUCAAGGAGCAGCACAAGAUUUUCCUGGCCUCCCUGAACCCACCGCUGGUGGUACCCGAGGACCAGCUAACCAGGUGGCACCCCAAGUUUAAUGUGGAUGAGGUGCCGGACAUCGUCCCUGCUGAGCUGCCAAAGCCGCCUCAGAUGGACAGGAUUAUGACCGCGCGGGAAAUGCUGGCCAGGGCUCGCACGAUGCUGACGCCGAAGAUGGAAAGGGCUUUGGGCCAGCUGGCCCUGAAAACAGCCAGCCCUGGCAGCCCCCCCCCACCGGGCUCGCCUGGCCCCAGUAGCCCCCUGAAUCCAGCUUCGCCAUCCAGUUCCCCUGGGGCCCUGAAGGGCAUCUCCCAGGCCCUGCUGGAGCGGAUCCGUGCCAAGGAAACCCAGAGACUGCAGGCCAUGAUGACACGCAAGCCUCAGCAGGAGGAGCGGCUGCUGAUGCUGUCCAGGCUGCCCGAGCUGGCGCGCAUCCUCCGGGGCGUCUUUGUGGCCGAGAAGAAGCCGGCGCUGACCAUGGAGGUGGCCUGUGCCCGGAUGGUCAGCAGCUACCGCUCAUCCAUGACGUCGGGGGAAAUGGAGAAGCACCUGCAGGUUCUCUCGGAGCUGCUUCCCGACUGGCUCAGUCUCCACCAGAUCCGGACGGACACCUACCUGAAGCUGGACAAGUCUAUGGACCUGGCUCACAUCUCAGAGAGGCUUGCCAGGGUCACCCAGCAGGAGGAGCAACUGUAAUCCAGGCCCCGCGGACAGACGGGGUUGGACUCUGAGCCUGGGCAAAGUAACUGAAGGGUCUGGGGAAGGCAAUUGUGUGUGUGUGUAAGUGUGUAAGUGUGUUGGGGAAACGGAACUGGAUAGGAUGGACCUUUUACAAACACUAACUCCCAGGAAGCAUGCAUUUCAUCCCCGUUCUUUGUGGGUGCAGGGAGUGUGAUAGUAGCCAUUCUGCUCUAAUUUCUGCAGCCUUCCCCCGGGCUUCAGGUUACUUAGGGUUUGCCAGGUAGAGGGGGCACACCCAGCAUGUAACCCACUGCGAAAGUGUCUCGGCACAAACCUGUGUGCUAGUGCUGGACCUUGUUUGUCGUGUUGGCAUUAAACUUUUACAGAGUUUGUGGAA